CAGAAACGGCAGGUUGUGUGUGGUGUAGAGCGGAAUGACUAAGAGAGCAUCAUUACAUAGGAUGGUAGUGUGUAGGCCCAGACCCACGUAAAGAACUCCUAUCGCGACACACUGAAAGUAAAAAGACGUCGAACGAGCGCCAUAAGCAUAUAGAUCAGGCAUCCAGAGCAGCAGGAAAACUCCAACUCCCAGGAUGCCCGAGCAAAGUAAUGACUACAGGGUAGUGGUUUUUGGAGCUGGCGGGGUGGGGAAGAGCUCUCUGGUCCUUCGCUUUGUUAAAGGCACCUUCAGAGACACCUAUAUCCCUACUGUAGAGGACACCUACAGACAGGUGAUCAGCUGUGAUAAGAGUGUGUGCACACUGCAGAUUACUGACACCACUGGAAGUCACCAGUUCCCUGCCAUGCAGCGCCUUUCAAUCUCCAAAGGCCACGCCUUCAUCCUGGUCUACUCCAUUACCAGCCGUCAAUCACUGGAGGAACUCAAACCAAUUUACCAACAGGUGCUGGCUAUCAAAGGCAAUGUGGAGGCCAUUCCUAUCAUGCUCGUGGGCAACAAGAGUGAUGAGACAGCUCAGCGAGAGGUGGAGACCAAGGAGGGUGAGACCCAGGCCACUGCGUGGAAAUGUGCAUUCAUGGAGACUUCGGCCAAGAUGAAUUACAAUGUUAAAGAACUGUUCCAGGAGCUGCUGGCCCUGGAGAAGAAGAGGGACAUGAGCCUUAGCAUUGAUGGCAAGCGAUCGGGCAAGCAGAAACGAGCUGACAAGCUGAAGGGGAAGUGCAGCAUCAUGUAG